AACAAUGACACUGUUCUUCUUUAAUUCUUAUGUUGUUCAAAGUUGAAAAGCUCUCUCUCUCUUUCUCUCUCUCUCUUGUUCAAAUCCAUUGCAGCGCAGAAGCAUCCUUUCUCUCUCUAAAUCUUAGGGUUUCCCCCAAAUCGAAGGAGAAGAAGCAUUGGGCGGUUGAAUAGAAUUCGAUGAGACUUGGGUGAUUGGAUCUGAGAUGGCGGCGCCGAGGAACGUGACGGCGACGAGGGACGAAGAGAAGGGAGAGGACGACGAUUCACCCUCCGCCAAGAAGCCCAAAUCGGAGAGGUUCCCACUGAACACGUGGGAAUUCGCCGUCGCCGUCACCGUCUUCUUCGUCUUCUCCACCGGCCUCUUCUGCAUUUACCUCACCAUGCCCUCUUCCGCUUACACCAACCUCACACUCCCCCGCACCCUCUCCGAUCUCCGCCUCCUCAAGGAACACCUCUCGACCUAUGCGCGAAACCACCCUGCACAGUUCAUUCUUGGGUACUGCUCCACCUACAUCUUCAUGCAGACUUUCAUGAUUCCCGGCACAAUCUUCAUGUCCCUCUUGGCGGGGGCGCUCUUCGGAGUUGUUCGAGGAAUCUUGUUGGUUGUUUUCAACGCCACUGCCGGUGCUUCUUCCUGUUUCUUUCUCUCCAAGUUAAUUGGAAGGCCUUUGGUUUCUUGGCUCUGGCCUGAGAAGCUCAGGUUCUUCCAAGCUGAGAUUGCAAAGCGUCGGGAUAAGCUGCUGAACUACAUGCUUUUUCUGAGGAUAACCCCCACAUUGCCAAAUCUCUUCAUCAAUUUGGCGUCUCCCAUUGUUGAUGUUCCGUUUCACAUAUUCUUUUUGGCCACGUUGAUUGGUCUUGUUCCGGCCUCUUAUAUUACUGUCAGAGCUGGUCUCGCCCUUGGGGAUCUAAAAUCAAUUAAGGACCUAUAUGAUUUUAAGACAUUAUCAGUACUUUUCCUCAUUGGUUUUGUUUCCAUAUGUCCAACACUUCUGAAGAGGAAGCGAGUAUAUGAAUGAAGUUGCGCUGGCUGAGCUUGCAUAAUCCAUUUUGUCAAAAGGCAAUUUACGUGAUCUAAUUAGAUGAUGACAGUGGAUCAGAGAAGAUAAUAUUUAAGAAAAAUAUCCAUGAAAAAGAAAAGAAAGAAGGAUGUAUCGUUAUUAACUAGAACAGUGGCAUAUGCUCCAUUUUAUUUUCUGUGGUGGAGCCAAAGUGUUUUUUUUGUUUCCCUUUUUUUAUUUUUGAUCGUGUGGAGAGAGUAAGGGUAGACUUAGCUGAGUGGUGAGCUACCAAUUCAGCUACGGCUCACGAGGCUUUGUUGGAGCAUUAAAUUACUACUCAUAUAUUGGCCUUGAUGGCAUCAGGAAGGAUGUGGUGAUUGUUUAGCGUCAGCUAUGCUGUAUCAAUACGUGCUUCGCACCAUAUAGGAACUGACUUUUUACCCUGUACUAUUUUUCUUUAUUCAAUAUAACAUAUAAUAUUAGGGAAUUUCGAUCAUUACUCUUCCUGUUA